AUGACCAAAGUUAAAUCAAAGAAAGGUUCAUUGACUAGUUCUCUUGAUAAUAAAAUUUCAGACUUAAUUUAUCGUUUAUUGGAUGAAAAAACUCAGGAUAAGAAAAGAUAUUUGAAAAAAAAACAGCAAUCUCAAGACAAUGAUGAUGCUGAUAAUGAAGGAAAUCAAGAAGACCAAGAAAAAGAUAUAGAAGGAAAUGAAAACGAAGAUGUCUUUCAAACUAUUGUCUUCGCUAAAGAUUUGACCCUGAGCGAAAUAUAUACCUUUUGUUUAACUAAAGAUUUAACGCUACAAAGAACGAAAAAGGUAAUGUUACAAAAGACUAUUGAAAGAGUGCUUAAGGACGUAAUUGCAGAAGAAUCGGAAGAAUUCGGUAACUAUCCCGAAUAUAGUGAUGAUGCGAAGGACGAUUCAUCAGUCACCAAUGAAGAUGCAUUGAUUCAAAAAAAUUUAAUGAUUGCACGAGAUACCAAUGACAUGAACAAAAGCGUUACUGCACAGUGGUCAACAGUUAAACAGGAGUCUACUACUACAACAACGAACGAUGACAACACAGAUACUGAAAAUAAUAAGAAAGUAUCUACCAAGAAAAGAAGUAAAGAUCCCACCUCCAAAAUCUCAAAACGUCAAAAAGUGAAACCUAAUAGAACACCUCCAACAUCCAAUUUAGAAUCAUUGGGUGGUAUGGAUGAUGUGAUAGCUCAAUUAAUGGAACUAAUAGGUCUACCCAUCUUACAUCCAGAAAUAUAUCUAUCAACAGGUGUAGAGCCACCUCGUGGUGUAUUAUUACACGGGCCACCAGGUUGUGGGAAGACCUCUAUUGCCAAUGCUCUUGCAGGUGAAUUAAAAGUACCAUUUAUAUCGAUUUCAGCCCCUUCAGUAGUUAGUGGUAUGUCAGGGGAAAGUGAAAAGAAAAUAAGAGAAUUAUUUGAAGAAGCGAAAGCCUUGGCACCAUGUCUAAUGUUCUUUGAUGAAAUAGAUGCUAUUACACCUAAACGUGAUGGAGGUGCACAAAGAGAAAUGGAAAGAAGAAUUGUUGCUCAAUUAUUAACAUCAAUGGAUGAAUUAACAAUGGAACAAACCAAUGGGAAACCUGUUAUUGUAAUUGGUGCAACUAAUAGACCUGAUUCCCUAGAUGCAGCAUUGAGAAGAGCAGGAAGAUUUGAUAGAGAAAUUUGCUUAAACGUUCCUAAUGAAGUUUCAAGAUUACAUAUAUUGAAAAAGAUGUCGCAGAACUUGAAAAUUGAUGGUUCCAUUGAUUUUUUGAAGUUGGCUAAACUAACUCCGGGAUUCGUUGGUGCCGAUUUGAAAUCUUUAACCACUGCAGCUGGUACAUGUGCCAUUAAGCGUAUAUUCGAAACUUAUUCUACCCUAACUGCACCAAUAGUGAGUAAUAACAACACUAUUGAGGAUGUCGACGCUGAUGCAGACGAUAAAAUGGAUAUCGAUCAAGUUACAGAAGAUUCUCAUAGUACUGAAGAAGAAGAUCCUUCAGACUUGAAAAAUACGGCAAACAUAAUUGAUCCUUUACCUUUAUCCAUUAUACAAAAAUUUAUCAAAAAUUUCCCAGACCCAUUAAAUACUGAACAGCUAGGACAGUUAGCUAUUAAAUAUGAAGAUUUCUUAAAGGCACUACCUACCAUUCAACCAACUGCAAAGAGAGAAGGGUUUGCUACUGUUCCUGAUGUUACGUGGGCUAAUGUUGGUGCCCUGGGUAAGAUAAGAAUUGAAUUAAAUAUGGCCAUCGUGCAACCUAUCAAAAGGCCUGAACUUUAUGAGAAAGUUGGUAUUAGUGCACCAGCUGGGGUUCUUUUAUGGGGUCCCCCAGGGUGUGGUAAGACAUUAUUAGCCAAAGCUGUUGCAAAUGAAUCUAGAGCAAAUUUCAUUUCUAUUAAAGGUCCAGAAUUAUUAAAUAAAUAUGUUGGUGAAUCUGAAAGGGCCAUCAGACAAGUUUUCACAAGGGCACGAGCAUCAGUACCAUGUGUUAUUUUCUUUGAUGAAUUGGAUGCUUUAGUUCCAAGAAGAGACACUUCUCUAUCGGAAUCAUCUUCAAGAGUAGUGAACACAUUAUUAACAGAAUUAGAUGGUUUAAAUGAUAGACGAGGUAUCUUUGUUGUUGGUGCAACUAAUCGACCUGAUAUGAUUGAUCCUGCUAUGUUAAGACCAGGUCGUUUAGAUAAAACCUUAUUUAUUGAAUUACCAAAUUACGAUGAAAAACUGGAUAUUAUUACUACACUGGCGAGAUCAAAUGGCACACCAUUAGCUGAUGAUGUACAAUUCAGUGAAAUUAUUAAAGAUGAGCGCUGUAGAAACUUUUCUGGUGCCGACUUGGCAGCUCUUGUAAGGGAAAGUUCUGUUUUGGCAUUAAAAAGAAGUUUUUUUAAAAACGAUGAAAUCCAAUCUGUGGGAGAAAAUAACUUGGAUAAAGAGUUUGAAGAUUUGAGCGUUGGAAUGAAUAAACAUGAUCAAAUAAGAGUUACAAUGAAUGAUUUCCAUAAGGCAUUGGUUAAGAUUAAGCCAUCUGUUAGCGAUAAGGACAGAGCUAAAUAUGAUAGACUUAAUAAAAAGAUGGGAUGGAAUGACGAGGUAGAAAGGAAAGGUGAAGAAAAUUGA